CCACAGUAGGUCAGAGGUCAUCCUUCAGCUGUGUCCCCCCAUGGAGAACGUCCCCUGGAACUGUUGGUACCAUUUCUGCUUUUAGCACUGUUUAUUUACUCACUUCAGCAGAUACCAAUACUACUACUGCGACCACCGACUGCCAGCAGUACCCUGGUUGACUGUCAACACUUUCCUGUCUUCAUCUGCGCUGUGACAUCAUCAUGGCUGUCGUGGUGGGUGUGGUCAACUCCGUUAAAGCUCUGUGGGAGGGAAGGAUCAGACAGAGGAAGGAGGAGCAGAAGGAGCAGGAGGAGUUGAGAAAGAGGAGGAAGGAGCGACUGUGUGUCCAGGUGUGGGAGGAUCGCGUGACUCUCGCACGACUCAAAGAGAAGCUAUCUACCGAAGACGGACGACUGAUCCUGCGCAUUGAGCAGGAGGAGUGGAGGACUCUGCCGGCUUGUCUGGUCCAGUUGAAUCAGGUCCAGGAGUGGCAGAUACAUAGGACCGGGCUGCAAAAAAUUCCUCACUUUAUCUCCAGAUUCCAGAAUCUUCUGGUGCUUGAUCUGUCCCGCAAUGGUGUCACUGAGAUCGCUGAACAGAUUGGGAUGCUGACCAACCUGAGAGAGCUGCUGCUGAGCUACAACAGAAUCCAGAAGGUUCCUGAGCAGCUGGGUUGUUGUCAGAGUCUCCAAAGACUGGAACUGGCCAUGAAUCGGGACCUGGAGCAGCUGCCCGACCAGUUGAGGAACCUGAAGAACCUGCAGCACCUGGACCUGUCCAUGAACCACUUCACCGUCUUGCCCGACUGUGUCGUUGGGCUGCCGGCCCUGGAGUGGCUGGACAUGGGGGGGAACCAGCUGGAGCAGCUGCCCCAGGACAUCCAGAGGAUGGAGAAGCUGCACACACUGUGGCUGCAGAGGAACCACCUGGAAACCCUUCCAGAGAACAUCUGCAGGAUGACAAAUCUGGAAACCCUGGUCGUCAGCGGCAACCGACUGAAAGACAUCCCAGCUGUGAUGGAGGACAUGUCCAACCUCAGGUUUGUGAAUUUCCGGGACAACCCUCUGACCCUGGAUGUGAAAUUUGAGCGAGGGAUGAAGACAGAGAAGGAGGAGGUGGAUGAGGAGGAGGAGGAGGAGGAGCAGGAGAUGUUUGGACUGGAGUUCAUGAUGUUCUACAUCCAAGAGUGCAAAAGGAAGCCCCCCCCCCCUGCUCAGCUCAUAGUUUAACACAUCAGCUAACUUGACAUGCUAUAUGAUGGCAGAGACCCCCCACCUCUUACAUGCAUCCUCUGAGAGACAUUAAGCAGGACCAGCAGAACCUCCCAGUGUGUGGUGCAGAAGUCGGGCUGUCCUGUUUGUACUAUAUUUUUGUAUUUGGUCGUUAUUUGCUGCCAUGUCCUUUUCAUUCCUGUUGGGUUAAACCUGGAUUAACAUUUAAAACAGUCAGGUGUGGACACACAGAGGUGGGAGAGAAAUCACAGAGAUAUAUAUUAAUCAUUUUACACACUCAGGCUGAACAGUUAAGUGUAAUCUAUUUGUUGCCAAGCCUUCCCUUUGGCAGCUGUAACAGUGUUGUCCUUCUUAUUUCUAACAGGGUAGCCUAAUCCUUAUUGUCACUCAAAAGGGUUUCUUGAUCCAGAGGAGAGAAGCAGAACAUCCCUUUUUUUUUUUCCAGAUGACCUGGUUCGUGUUAUCUGCCUUUAUAACUAGUCAGGCACGAGCGCUACUCAGACUUAACUCAACUCAGGCUAACUGAGCUAAUUGUAAUCAGCUGUUGUGAAACCGGAAAGUCAGAGUUGGACCUCUCUAGCUUACGGUAGCCAGAGCUGUGACUUUAGCUCAGUGUUUCAUGAGCCCGCCUUAAGAAUCCCCCAGACCUGACCCCUGACUUGAUCUUUGAACCCACUUUGACCUGACACUGUGACCUUGUGACCAGAUGUAGAUCCUGCAGUGAUUUGACCUUUGACCUACUGCCACUAAACCUCAGAGAGAUCAAUAAUGAUUAUUAAUUAUAGACUUCCUAUAUUGUCCCACAAUAGGGAAAUUCACUGUGUAAGUCCUUGCAACUAACACAGGCUGCCACAGGAGGAGCCGUUAGGAGGAGGCUGUUUCUUUGGGAAUUGAACCCAGGACUGCUCUCUGCCACUACACUAUGGAACCACAAGUAACCUUGAACUGACCUUUUGCCUGACUCUAACCUCAAAUUCACAACAAUGACCUUACCUAUGCCCAGUCCUGACCGUGACCCCACUGGUGACAGUAAGAGACGGUGAAUUAAAAUGUUUUAAUAAAAAAAGUUGAAUUAUA